UAAUAUAACCCAAAUAUUCAAUUCCUGAACCAUAAAAGCCUCCGUCUCCGUCUGUUCUCCCGGUAACUCGAGUCGUCUCUGUAACCGUCGCACCCUCGCUUACUCGUCGCAUGUCUUCACCAAAGGAGAUGGAUGAUACAUCAGAACCCACAUCCCCGCCAAAGAACACUUACAAUGAUCCCGACGGUGGAAGGCAAAGAUUCUUACUUGAACUCGAGUUCGUUCAGUGUCUCGCUAAUCCUACUUACAUCCACUACUUGGCACAGAAUAGGUAUUUUGAAGAUGAAGCGUUUAUUGGAUACUUGAAGUAUCUUCAGUACUGGCAGCGACCAGAGUACAUCAAGUUUAUAAUGUAUCCACACUGUCUGUAUUUCCUCGAACUUCUUCAAAACCCCAACUUCAGGACUGCUAUGGCCCAUCCUGCAAACAAGGAGUUGGCACAUAGGCAACAGUUUUACUAUUGGAAGAACUACAGAAACAAUAGGUUGAAGCACAUUCUACCACGGCCUCUUCCUGAGCCUGUAGCUCCACCACCACCUGCCCCGUCUGCGCCUGCUGCUCCCUCUCCAGCUCCUUCUCCAAUGCAGUACAAUAAUAUGACGGCUAAGAAUGAACCGAGGAAUAUGGUUUCUACUGGGAUUGAUCGUAGGAAGAGAAAGUAUGUGCUCCUUUCUUCUUCUUCCUGACUUUUUUUUAUAUUUUAUUUUCAAGAUGACUGCAAAUGUGGUGAGGGAAAAGAAGGAAGUUACGUUCUAAUAUGUGAGGUCAUAUAAUAUCAGGAAGGGUCCAUGAGCUUCCCUGAAGCAGACACCAUGGGUCUGGAUAUGCUUUUCCUGCGUUUCCAUAGAGAGGGAAGCCUACUUGACUCAAGUUACAAGGCUGUAGUGGGAAGUUGUAGUACAUGGUGUCAGUCUUUGUCUAUGGUAUUCAAUUCUUAAUCAGUAUGAGUCUGUCUUUAGUUUCUCUGGUCAUAUAGAUCGACGUUAUUGAGGCUGUUGGGGUUAUAGUAAAUGGUAGUUUUGAGAUUUAUUCGGUAUGCUACAUUCGUCAGUUAUUGCAAUGAAUGAAUGUUCUAACUCAUGCACAUAA